ACUGCCUUACACAAAGAGUUGAAGCUGAAGGUUCAAUAGGUGAAGUAAUAAUCCGGGCAUCUGCUAUCGGAGUGAAUUCUAGUGGCCGGUAGAAAUAAUUCAGCCUGUUAGGAAGACUAUCUCAUAAUGUGGUAAGAAAAUGCAGCAAAGGUAAAACUAAGGCGACUUCUUGAAUCUUUGAAAGAUGAAGAGAGACAGUGCAAAGAAACCAAAGCAGGGGGAAUUGAGGCUGUGAUUUCAAACAAAAACUGGAAAGCUGUAAUGAGCAGCAAGUUGAAAAUGAAGAUCAUCUGCUUUUCCACAUACCUCACCAAUUACUCUCUUUGUAGAUAAUGAGCUUAAUGAGAAAAAGGGAGAAUCAGGGGCACUGAAUUGGACAGAAAAAGUUCAAGAUGAAGAAGAAAGGCUGUCACUCCAAAGCCCAGACUCCUUUUUUCCACUGAAGCUCAGGAAGUACAGAUUUAUACCCUUAGCUGAUGGUUAAUGGUUUUUUGAUAAACACAAUGGAUCGCAACUUAAAGAAUGUUGUCACCAUAGCUUUUGGAUUUCUGUUUCUAUUUACAGCUUAUAAAGCUCUUCAGAAUCUACAGAGCAGCCUUAAUAAGGCAGAAGGACUAGGAGUGGCUACACUUAGUGUUAUCUAUGCAUCCGUGAUUUUGUCUUCCAUGUUCCUUCCUCCAGUUCUUAUUAAGAAAUUUGGCUGCAAGUGGACCAUUACAUUCUCCAUGUGCUGCUAUAUCACUUUCUCUUUGGGAAACUUCUAUGCCAGCUGGUUCACCUUGAUCCCCGCUGCCAUAAUCCUAGGUCUAGGAGCAGCCCCACUGUGGUCUGCGGAGGCUACUUACCUUACAAUGACUGGAAAUAUUUAUGCAAAGAAGACAGGAAAACUUGGGAAAGAUGUCAUCAACCAGUAUUUUGGCAUCUUCUUUCUCAUAUUUCAGACCUCUGGUGUCUGGGGGAAUUUGAUUUCAUCUCUGGUGUUUCAGCAGGACCCUCCCAAAGAAGGAAUCACAGAAGAGCAACUGCGUCUUUGUGGAGCAAAUGAUUGUAUGACAACCAGCACAGCUACAAACAGUACUAAGCGCCCAGCAAAUGAAUUAGUCUAUACCUUGCUGGGUAUCUAUACCGGAAGUGGUGUUUUGGCAGUAUUGUUGAUAGCUGUAUUUCUUGAUCAACUUCCAAAUGAUUCAGAAGAAACUGAAAAAGAAAAGAAUGCUCCUAUUUGGACCCAUUUCCUGGCAACUUUUCAACAUCUUAGAGAUAAACGGCAAUGUCUCCUCAUUCCUCUGACAAUGUAUGGUGGAUUUGAGCAAGCAUUCAUUUCUGGUGACUAUACAAAGUCAUAUGUCACCUGUGCCCUGGGGAUACACAAUGUUGGGUUCGUGAUGAUCUGCUUUUCGGGUGCCACUUCCCUUUGUUCUUUGAUGUUUGGAAAACUCUCCCAGUACACUGGCAGAAAAGUUUUGUAUGCAAUAGGCACAACGAUACAAGGGUCCUGCAUGAUUUUCCUUUUGCUGUGGAAACCUCAUCCCUCUCAGAAGAUUAUCUUCUUCUUCUUGGCUGCCUUCUGGGGCAUGGGUGAUGCUGUUUUUCAGACACAAAACAAUGCACUCUAUGGAGUUUUAUUUGUGAAGAACAAGGAGGCUGCUUUUGCCAACUAUCGCCUUUGGGAGUCCCUCGGAUAUGUCUUUGCUUUUGGAUACAGCACAUUUUUGUGUGUCUACAUCAAGCUAUACAUAGUACUUUCGGUACUGACUCUGUCAAUGGUGCUCUAUGUGACCGUGGAGGUUCUGGAAUAUAUAAAGACACCCAAGGCUUCAGGUUCUGAAGAAAAGGAAAGUCAUGAAGAAGAAAUAGAUACUCAAACAAAGAUGUAAAAAUGACAUGGUGCUUGAGGAGAUACAAUAAGGCUUCAGGAAGGUUUCUUUGUGGAAACAUCAAAGUAUUAAGUUGUUUUCUCAGAAGAA